AUGAUGCCAGCUCCGAUGGUAGGAGGCAGGGGGCCGUACGGUACCGCGACCACGCUAGGCCCGAUGGAGAUGCUGGCAGUGACGUCGGCAACUCGCCCUCGAUCAACCGUGCCGCUUCCGAGCGAGAUGCGCCCGAGCCCUGAAUCAGGUCAUAUCCUCGGUAUUAAUCAGGGGUCGUCCUCGGGGGGUACUGCGAGGGCAUCUACGACUCCAUACUCGACCAGGGAGGCAUCUUGGGAGCAGUGGCACCCGCUCUUCUCAAAUGGUUCACCGAGACGAUGGUGUCAUUGUGUACAUUAUUAUUUUGUGUCCGUACGUAUCUACCGGCUAAUCUCGGGCUUAUCUCGGGCUCUCCCUGAUGCCCCCUGGUGCGAGAGGGAUGCACAGCUGUCAUGUGAUAUCAUCACAUGA